AAUGACGCAUAUUUAUUCGGUGGCCUCAAUUUAGAGGAUAAUGGACUGAUUGUCGUGCAUAAAAUAGCUACACCUGAUAUUCUUACAAAAUUUUGUGUUUCACACUUUCAGGUUUGAACUAUAGCCAACAACAUUGUUGAUCGUUCUUUUUGGAUUUCAAGUGUUUACAACAAAUAAAAUGGUAGUGGUUCUCCGAAAUGGAACAACGUACUGUUUCACGAAUGACUUGCAAACCUAUUCGAUUAUCGGCCCUUGGACGCGAAGUGAAAGUCGGAGACCUCUACGACUAUAACACCGACGUCAUUAUAUCUGGAAGUAGUAUAAAAAUGCCAGACCACAACAUUGAAAUCAUUCCCACCUCUGAAAAUGAACCUUUUUUUUUCUUCAAACAAAGUGACACGUUUAAAUAUCACGAACUAGGAAUCAAUUCGCAUUUUAGGCAAAAAAUCAAAAACAAGUACUUGGACGAAACCAAUUUUUCCAAUUUGUUCAAACAAGUUUGGUUCAAUGGUUACCUAAAAAAUAAUUCAAUUGUUAAAGAUGAAGAAAAUACGGUUCAACUUGACGUUUUCUUCCGCUUUAAGCGACGUACCGAAGUUAUCAGAGAACAACUUUUAGACUAUUACUGGUACCAGUUAAUUUACGGAGGAAGAGAAACAGCAACGCAUAUGGUAGAACAAGUCGUUUAUGGAGCCGAAUUCAUCUUUUCCAUGCGGAGAGCCAUUGAUCGGAACGAAACGAAAGAAAAAGCAGAAAAUAGUCUUCGCAUUGCAGCUAAAGCUUACAUUAAUGAGGCAAUCAGCUUAAACUCGAUUCCAAUAAAGAAACAGCCAGUAGAGUUAAACAAUGUCAUUUGUACAAAUUUUUGCAGCCUAAAUAAAAAUUCUCUAAAGACGUGCUGCUCAAUCCAACAGUCCUGCGAGUGGCUAAGAGAAACCGUGGGUUUUGGCAAAGAAAUCGCUGAAGUCAAGUGGCAAGCAGUUGAAAUUGUUUUACGAUAUAUCCCGGACCAAAUCGGAGCUCGCGUUUUGAUCGAAAUGAAGGACGACUUCUAUCUUGAGAAAGAACUUAAUAAAACUCGCUUUAAUUCUAUCCAGAAUGAGACUGCUGAAAUCAUUUGUCGACGCAUGCGGUGUCCCUCCAUUCAAAAAAAUUAUGUGUCAGUUUCAUGCGCUUAUUUCUGAACUUCUACAUAAGUUAAAUAAAUCUGACGAAAUAGAUUUUUUGAAGAUGGGAUUUCCAGAAAACAUUCUUAAUGAAAUGAAAAGAAUGUCUUAUUUGUUUUUCGGCAUGGCAGAGUGGUUACUCAAACGACGAAUAGAAAUUGAAAAGAUGUGUUCACUGUUAAAAGACACAAAUUUGAGAAUGUACGAUUUAUCAGAGAUCGAUGCUCUGGAACCAAUGGCCAAUGAUAAAUUUGCACUGGUGUUUCUUUUGAAAAUGGACUACGUAAAAGACCCACUGUUGACGCGCAUGCAAGAAUUUAUUGGAAUUCAAGAUUCAUCUUUAGAGCUUCCUGUUUUUGCAAUUUUAUCUCUUAGUGAACAUCAUUUUGAGGAUAUGAAAAAGAAAUUAAAAGCUUUUAGCUCAGAAUCGUCCUUCAAUACUAACACCCGUUCCCUAAUAGCACUAGUUCCGCCUUCCUACCCAGCUAAUGACGGUGAAAUCAAAGAGUAUUCUUACAAAUCAAAUAAUAUUAAUCAUGAACCACCUGUCAUUUCAAGCUCGUCUGUUUCAACAUUAGUUCUAUGUGAUGAAAAAUCUUUUGAUUCAAUUCAAUCUAACCAUCAGCAAAAGGCAAAAUCAGCAAAGGAUGAAUUCCAAAGAGUAAUCACGAAAACAAAUCAUAUUCCAACUGAAGCUGACAUUUUGAACUUGUCUCUAUCAUCAGACUCAAAAGACGUGGAAAUAGUACCUAUAAAUGAAGGAUCGCUAAUGAAAACCGAAAAUCUUGAGCAAAAUUCGAUGAAGCAGUCAAGUGAUCCGAUGGAUUUGUUGAAGGAGAAUUCAAACGGGAUGCUACUCCAUUCUGACAACCAAAACCACGUAGAAGCAAGAACAGAUUACAGCACAGAUGAGAGCCAUCAUUGUCAAUACAAAAAAACUAAAGAAUCCGUCGCUGAUCGCAUAGGAAAGGGUCAAUUACAUAACCUCAAAGGAAAACCAGAUAACAUGCCCGUCAAAGCAGAAACGGCAAGAAUGCAAACAAUUCCAAGAAAAGCAAACUCAUCUUCCUGUCAGCAAGAAGAAAGCGCAAUUGUAGAUCAAGACCAAGGCUCUACAAUGGCAAUCGACAGCAACACGGUGGAUCAGAGAAGUAAACCAAUCGAGCGCAGUAUCCCAGACGCCGAAAAAAAGAAAAUUGCUGAAUUAUUUACGCAAGAAGAAUUCGCCAAACUAAUAAAAGACGGCCAGCCCAUGGUCUACCAGCUCAACACCAAGGAAAGACCGGUUGGCGAAAACCUGCGCUAUUUCGACAUUAAGGGACAAACUGAAACCAUUUCCUCGUUAAAAAACAGUCAAAACCGCAAAGUAAUUAUUCUGAUGGGUGCCACUGGAUCCGGCAAGAGCACGCUCAUCAACGGAAUGAUUAAUUACAUCCUGGGUGUCCAGUGGAAGGAUCCAUUUCGUUUCAAGUGCGUCCGUGAAGACAGUUCCGUCGUCAGAAAUGAGGCACACAGUCAAACGGACUCGGUAACAGCUUACACUCUCCACCAUCGCGAAGGGAUGGCCAUUCCGUACUCCAUCACCUUGAUCGACACGCCCGGUUAUGGAGACACAAGAGGUAUCGAAAGAGAUAAAGAAAUUACAAAAUGCAUUCAUCUUUUCCUGACUCAGCAGCAAGAGAUUCAAAUCGACCAAAUUCACGCCAUUUGUUUCGUGGCCGCAUCGGCUGAUAGUCGACUGACUCCUACGCAACGCUACGUACUUGAUUCAGUUCUGUCAAUCUUUGGUGAAGAUGUCAAGGAGAACAUUCGACUGCUGGUGACGUUCGCUGAUAACGCCAUUCCGCCCGUAGUCGAGGCCUGCCGAGCCGCCCAUUUCCCCAUGACUUCACCUUCGGACGACGUCAUGUACAACAAAUUCAACAGUUCAGUCCUCUACGCCUCCAACGACAAAAAAAAUGAGCGUAUUAAAGAAACCAUGUGGAACAUGGGGCAAAGGAAUUACAAAACAUUUUUUACCAUGUUGGAAAGCAUGAAUGGAUGCGACUUGAAGUCUACCCGACAAGUUAUCGAGAAUCGCCAACUGCUGGAAAAGUCGCUCCCAGACAUUGAAGUUGAACUUGAAAUCUGCUUUGACACCAUUGAAAAGCUGAAAAAUCGAUCCCUGCACGGAAUUAGUUACGCGAGGAAAUUCACCGCCAUGGAAAAGUCGCAAGGAUUAGACACUGCUAUAGCAAAAGCGAUGAGCUUACUGAACGAAGUUAACAAAAGCGGUCGUGUUCUGAAUUCAGUGGCCCUGCGUUCUCAUUCGUCAAGUGCAGUCGAUUAUCUGAGUUUGAUACGAAGUCGUGUCAUUGAGGAACAAAGACCCGGCUAUCAAAUUCGUUUGCAGACGUUGACUGAACUGCAAAAUCUUCUAAAAGGAAAUGCGAAAACGGAAGUACCACGAUCUCAAACCUCUCACCAAUCUUCAAACAGUCGACUGAAUGCGGCGCUUACCAAUGAAAUAAGUGGUUAUUCAGGACAGAGGACGAAUGUGGGUAGAAGGAACAGUGAAGAUGUUGUUGCUGGGGAUGCGUUUCAACAGUCUACAGCCGGAGCAACCGACACAAAAAUAAUUCAGUCGACGGAAACAAUGCCCUCUUCCAGCGCCAGUUACGACAAGACAAAGCAUAUUAAAAAUCCCAGAGGUGGCGCAGAAGGGCCCUCCAAUAUGGAAAAUCCUAUGCAGCCAUGUUCAGCAAAUAAUGAAGAUGUCAAAAAACCUACCGAUUUUUCCAGUCAAUCGUCAUCAGACCCUGCAGAAUGUGGAUCAUGUAGAAUUAUUUGAACGAGAAAAUGAAAAAAAAUCUAUGAAGAAAUCUGGAAUGGUUGGGAUGCACUAUCCAUAUUAGAUAAAAAACCUUUUCUAGACAUGGAUUACUGAUGGAUUACAUGGACAUGGAUUACCAAAGCUUCAGCCCGUUUAAUACGAAAAAAACACAUUUGUCAAAAAUCUUCGAAAAAAAAAAGAUUUUUUAAAAAUCCCACAAAUUAACACUUGCAUAAAACACAAUAUUGUUUAUAUACCGUAUACAUAUUAUCUUGAGUGUACUAGUACAGCAGAAUUCAAACUUGAAAUACACUAACUAGAAUUUAAAACAAAUAGCGUGGUACAAGUCUUUAAUAAAUCUUAAUUUGAAAGUCAUCUGUCGAUAUACAAUUAUACAUAUAAAAAAAUUAUUUCACCUUACUCAGUAACACUUAACGGUGUCGUUGUCCCUCUGGAAACUCCCGUUAUGUAAGUUAUCUCACUCCUUUUGUACAAAUGAGAAAAAGGAGAGAAAAAGAGAAGAUGAAUAAAAGGAUUUCAAUGCCCAUUUUGACUUUGGUUUUUCCAAUUUUCUCUAAUUGUUAAAAAAAAACUUGAAGCGACAAAACAAUUCCGACGGGAAAUGGAUAAACCAUCAAGACCUCGUAUUUGAACUAGAAAUAGAAAAAAUAAAAGUGAUGAGCUUGCUUCCGGAGCAGGUCAGUAAGAGCGGCCGUCUUCUGGAUUCAGGGGCUUUGCGUUCUUAUUCACCAAGUCCGGACGAAUAUCUUAGUUUGAUAAGGGGUCGUGUUGCGGGUGAACAAAAACCUGGCUACGAAAUUCGUUUGCAGACGUUGACUGAACUGCAAAAUUGGUUUAACGAAAAUAACGUGGAUGAGGCACGUAAGUCAAAAUCGGUAAAUUUUCCGUCAAUAUUUCCAGACAAAUCUAUAGCGGACAUAGCAGUCAUAGCACUCAACGGAAAGGAAGUUUUAAGCCUAAUCCUAUUUACCGUGCAAAGUUUCCGCCAUAUAAUCGCCAGAACUUUACUACUCAUUCAUACCAAACGCGUGUUGUUUUUUAACCUUCUCUCUACUUCUGAGAAUGUUUUCUUUCAAUGUUGCUUCAACGUAUUGUGUGAUACGUAUGUCAACGUUUGUUCUCCCCCCCUUUUCUUGAGUCGAGACUAGUGUCGUCUUGCUUGCUACUCACUCUCACUCUCUUUUGUCUCAACAAAGAAUGCAGUUCAUUCUUUCUUAGCACCAAAGUGUUUCAACUAAACUAAAAGGUAUUGCACCAUAGUUUCUAAUCUCAACAGGUUAUGGGCCCAGAGAUUGACGUUUAUUUACCACUGUCGUAUUUAUAAUCUGUACAAGUUCCCCAGUUGAACGGAAUACUCAAUGACACCAUUGAAUGCCCAAGUUGGACGGAAUACUCAAUGCACCAUUGAAUGCCCAGUACACAUUCUGGAUGACAACAAAUGCCCCUACAUUUAAUGUCGAGGGAAGAUCAACAGAGCAAACACACCCACACUUGCUGUGCUAUAUGGUGACCGAAAAAGAGUCAAACGUCCCAAGUUGAAGAAAAAGCUAAACGAAUUAAAAACAGAGUCAACGUGUACGCACUUUUACAAUCUACUGAACAAACAAGAAAGAAAAAUGAUAGCCAAAAUUUUACUUGCUGAAUCCAUGUUUGAUCAUCGCGAAUCUCAAGAGUAGGCCUAAUCAGGACGUGAAAUGGCUCUGUUUAUUGCAGCACAAACGUCGACGUCCUCACAACUCACAUUCGCAAGACUUAGCCUAUGUUCUUUCUCUGGUUUAAAUAAUCAUGUUCUUGCCAAUUGUCACGAGCGUAAACGCGAACAAGGUGAAUCUCACGAAUCUCAGUAUGUAACAAACGCAAACCAAGUUCAAAAACCAAGAAAUCUAAAGUAAAAAUUGGAUUUAGUCUAAAUCAAACAUUGAAUUAUCGUUUCUCACGCUCCGUUCAGUUUAAGGGGUUGUGUUGUUUUUUAACCUUCUCUCUACUUCUGAGAAUGUUUUCUUUCAAUGUUGCUUCAACGUAUUGUGUGAUACGUAUGUCAACGUUUGUUCUCCCCCCCUUUUCUUGAGUCGAGACUAGUGUCGUCUUGCUUGCUACUCACUCACUCUCUUUUGUCUCAACAAAGAAUGCAGUUCAUUCUUUCUUAGCACCAAAGUGUUUCAACUAAACUAAAAGGUAUUGCACCAUAGUUUCUAAUCUCAACAACGCGACCGUUCACAGCUGCCACUAAUAAAAGAAGCGGUCCAGAACAGAGCACGACUGUGCGUGAAAGCCACAAUGAAGCUCUUAGAAACGCAUCCCUAAUUCGACAGUCUACAGCCGGAGAAACCGACAAAAAAAGAAGUCAGUCAACGGAGGAAAAUUCUACCAAAGUCAAUCACGACAGAAAAAUACAUGAAAAUCCGACAGGUUGCGCAGGAGACUGUAGUUAUCCUGCCACCUCCAUCGCGAAUGUCCCCAUCCAUCCAAAGUCAGCCGAAAAUAGCGAAAAAUGUUAUGCUAAUGCAUUAGCGACAGAAAAUGAACACACUUGUGUAGAGGUGAGUUCUGACCAAAAUGCGAGCGAAUUUGAUGAGGAAAAUCCACAUAGUAGUGAAACAUCUUCGAAAAAAUCCGAGCAAAAGAAAUCUAUUAGCAUGUCUGGAAUCGUUUCAAAUUGGGUUUCCUCUUUGUUCAAGAAAUCGUAGAUUUUGUAGCAUCAUCUGUCUUGUUUAUUAAAAGUCUUUCUCUUUUUUUGUUUUGUUAUUUUUAUUUUUUAUUCAUUUAAGUGUAACGCUAGACUAAUAAAGUAAAAAAAUAAAUUUAAAAUCCCGAUACAUAUGAAAGACAGCGACGUUUAUUGUUAAUUUAGUUAGUCAUAUUCGUACACCCACUUCCAUUAAUAUGGUAUACAGUCAUUGCGUAAAACAACGCACCUAUUUUGGACAGUGGACACAGUGGUGUACAGCCUUUGUUGUUUGUUAUCGAGAGGGAAGGGUUACAUUUUUUUCUUUGUAAGAAAGAAGAAUUUUGGUUAAAGCCAAAAUAGGUGCGUUGUUUUGCGCAAUGACUGUAUACCAUAUUAAUGGAAGUGGGUGUACAUUACAUCCUGGCUGGUUGCAUGUUACAUAGUAGUUUUUACGCUAAUUUACAAUUUACUAAUUUUGUCUUCUAAGUUACUGUAAAUUUUCAAAGGUUUUGUUAAAUUCACAGUCGUUUCGUUUUCUUCGGAGACGGCUGACGGAAGAAACGGGCUGCCGGCCUGCCGGGGCUGGUAAAAAAAGCGAAUUAAUUUUUUAAAAGGGAAAUAACAAAAUCGGUCAACAAUGAAACCGUCGUCUGCAUUCUAGAUUUAUAGUAGAAUUUUUUCUCCGAACAUGCUCCAAAGCUCCGAACAAUCACGAGACUAAAUAAAGUGUGGCUCAAAAUAAAAAGGCUCACAUCAUUUAUUAGAAUGUGUUUUAAAGACCAAACCAAAGUUGUGUAAACACUUGAUUGCAGUGUUAAACACCAAACACAGUUCUAAAAGCUUGAAGUUGUCUUAUCCAUAUUCUGGCCGACAAAUUUUAGAUAUUGAAAAGUUUAAAAAGACAAAACAAACUGCCAUGUCUUUGAAAAUGCCAAGAUACCUUUUGUAUUCCAAAGAAAUAAACUUAAAAAAAGGAAAGUGUCACAUCAGCUACUUCUGCUUGAGCUGUGGGGGUCUGGUCUCCAACUGAACUCUGAAUAUGCUCUGAACACAAAUAAGGUGCCAACACACUCACUAUCUUGUCAGAUACUGAAUGGAGUGGAUUUCUUGCAGGUCAGACAGAUUAUCUUUGUUAUAGAAUUGAAGCCGACAACGUCCUGGACACGGCGGUGGGCGGCUGGACAGGACAAGCUGAGGGGUUUCAGAUUCACGAUAAACUUGCAUUUACGAUAUUCACAAGUCUCCCUACAGUGUUAAAGCCUUUACCUAUUUCUUUUUUUGUGUGUCUAUAAAUUGAUAAGAAUAUUCUGACCUCAUUGUUUUCACAGGUGAGCACAUAAUAUUUUCGCCAUUAAGGAUUGCUGACUUAAAUUCUCCACUUCAAUGGACAAAUUAUUGGAUGCCUCUUCCAAUUCAUCAGAAAUUUAGAAUUUUUUUUAGAUUCUUUCAAAAUCAAUCCAAUUUUAACAGCACGUAAGUGUGAUACUCCUCCUUUUACUGGAAUUUCCAAUAGGACACCGACGUCAAUCACAAUUAUGCUGUUUCUUCACCUGUACUUUGAGAUCCUGGCACGGAGCUCAUUAAAAAAUUGUUGGCUGUCGCCUGUCGAUCCUGAGAGGAGAGUGCCGCACUCCUCUGCGACCCUUUUCAAUAUCAAUACUGUCGUCAAUACUACUGUGGGAACUUCAGCGGAAAUUUCUCCAAGAGACUGUGCCUAUCCGUCACUGUGGUGUGAUAACAUCUGAGAAAUUCUACGUUUCGAAUAAGUUAUCUCGACUUCAAACUUUUGUCAAUUUUUUAUAGAGUCACCUGGAAUUUUUGUAAGAGCCAGCGGCAAGUAGGCCUACCGGUGACUAGACUUCCUACAAGGUGGAUCAUUAAGCUGAUACAUUCACUACGCAUCACAUUUAUUUUAUUGGUGCAUUUUGAGAAAUGGAUUUACGCCUGGAAUUAGGUUUUGCUCAGUCUCCGCGAACAUAACUCUUCUUCGGGUGUGUGGUUGACGUUUGCCAAUGUCCAUUACAUCGUCAAACAACAUGAAGUGACCUCAAGCCGUUCAUUCCUCCAUCCAGUGCUCAAUUCGAAUGUGGCUCAAACUUCCGCGUCCCAACUUGUGCACAUCCAAUUCUACGACAGCACGACUGUAGUGGAACUGACAACCCAAUCAAAAGAAAAAUGCAAGGAUAAGUCGAUUUCCCAGUGUCACCAAACCCUCGUCCCGUAAAUUUAAACAUGGUGUUCCUCGACACAGGUGGUCGGCUCCAAGGUCGGCUCAUCUUAUAGACUACCAACUCACUUUAGAAAUGCUACAAGCAAAUAUCAAGAGCUCGUUAUUGACUUGAAUUUUUAUUUAACGUGUAGAUAUAGUAAUAUUGCGGCACUGCAUUUUUAUGGUAAUACAUUUUAACGAUGAAAA